AUGCUACUAGAUCUUGUAUUAACUCCACAUUCAAAUACCGAAGUCGACUUUCUUCAUAGCACCUCGCUCAGUCUCACAACUAUGGCCCCUGUUGAAGAUAACAAGUGGUAUACCAUUCACCUAUACAACGAGUUCCAUGAUGAUGGAGCUGGGGAUGAGGUGGUUGACCUCGACAGUGGCAGCAGCAACAACGGCACACAUUGCAAGGUAUGGACCUACAAGGAUGAUGGAGGCAGUGGCCGAUACAAUAUGUCUUGGAGAGCGGUCAUUGCCGACAAGAACAUGGACGAUGGCACAAUCUAUUGGUCGUUCCAGAACCGCGCAGGCACGACGUAUAUGGACUUAAACCACGGUAGUAAUGGUGUGGGGACACAAGUUCAAGGCUGGGGCACCAACGGGAGCAACGCUCAACAAUGGUCGUUGGUCGAAACGAAAGGCAACGAUCGUCAGACUGUCUGUUGGCGAUUGAAGAACAGGGCCAGUGGAACAGUCUGUGGCUAUUGGGGAGUACCCGUACAUGGGGUUGACAUCAGAGGCUUCUUUCCAAGCUCCGACACGCCGCCAGCACCGGGACGAGGAGCAAGAGACACUUCGCAACUGUUCGUGUUUAAGGAGAGAAACGUCAGUUGGUGA